AUGCCGUCUACAUUUGAUAACUGCAAUAGCGUUUCAUAUGGUAUCGAUUGGAGUGAUCGGGCUCGUCCUACAUCACACUGUUGGUUUCCAUGCACAUCCAGCUAUCCAUCGACUGCUCAGCAUUGUUCCUAUGCCACUUGCUCAAAUCGCAAUCGAACAGCUCAAAUGCCACUUCUGCAAUGUGGAUCAUGUGGACUAGUUGUGCAUGCACAUCAUUUAAAUGAUUCACAUGCGACUGAAGACAAUCUUCUUCCAUCUUGUCGUCCAUCGUUUGUCGAUAAUCCGAUGUUGGAAGAAUCGUAUGUCGAUGACGAAGAUAAUCCAUCAAACUACGAUAAACACUUUUGGACUUAUGUAUCUACUCUUACCAAACCAUGUGUGUAUUGUAAACAAAAAGCAGUACCUGCUAGUAUGUUCACCACUGGAAUCGGUCAGACAUCGGCGAUAUCUGCUUCACAAAUUACAUGUCAGGAUGUAUCAAUUGCAAGCACUUCACCCAAAAGUUCUCGGCCGAAAAUAUUUCUAACAUCAACUGGCCUCCUUUGUUUGUGGUGCUCCCAAAGUUAUCAUCGACGAUGCUGGGAACAUCUCGAUGCUGAAAACGCCAAAAUCAAAUGUGACUAUGGAUUAUUGCGGUACGUUUUCGAUGAUGAUUAUUCAGAUGACUAA